CCAAUCAACAGGAACAGCCGCACACCAUCAGCCCCGCCACUCAUCUCUUCUCCCUCAUCUCCACUCUCUGCUUCUAAUCAUCGGCAACCAAGACAGGGGUCCCCCUCACUUUUACAGCCCAAUUUGCUCCACUCUACUCUGCAUACAACAAUCAUAAUGCAGAUUAUAACCUUCCUCUCGUCAACACUUCGUAAGACGCAGACGUUGCGUAUUAUUGUUGUCCUCGUCAUCUUCUUCACUUUGGCCUCCGUCUCAAGGUACCAGGGCUCAUUCGAAUUCUCAAUUGACGAGGACGGUCAGGUCCAGUCUGUCCCCAAGGAGGCAACCGAGCACGACGUCUACUAUACCCAUCAUAUCGCCACCUUCAACCCGGACGACAUCAAGCCCUGGACCAAAGGAGACACCGCUGCACUCAGGACACCCGAAGGACAGAGGGUUGUGGAGUACCUGACAGAUUCACCCUUCCAAGAGCCAUCAUCCGAGAACAACAACAAUCCAUAUCUGCUCAAGGAGGACUAUUUCAGCGUCCUCACAAAACGGCUUCGGAUCUACAAGGCACUCUGGCACUCUCUCAAGGGGUAUCACGAUGAAUUGGUCAAGAAGGGCAAUCAGAAUCAGUUUUAUAAUGCGCCACCAACAGACAUUGCACCAGCGGUCCAGCUCCUGCAACGACUGGAGCAGGUGACGUUCCCCUGGAUCCGGAAGCAUCACAACAUGAUCUACGACCUCUUUCGGGAAUACGAACAAGGGGGCAGAGGCAUCGUCAUGUGCGUCGGCAAUGGCCAUACAAAGUAUGCUCGGGCGGCCCUCAAGGUCUUGAGAGAAGUCGUCAAGUCGAAAUUGCCCGUUGAGAUCUACUACAUGGGGGAAAGGGACCUCAGCGCAGAGAACCGUGCCUGGUACGAGCAGCUCGAGAACGUUCGGACUAUAGACAUCAUGACCGUGAUCGACAACGACAUGCUCAAGCUGGGAGGAUGGGCCAUCAAACCUUUUGCACUGCUGGCCAGCAAGUUCAGCGAGGCAAUCCUCAUGGACUCGGAUGCGUACUUUUUGGCGGACCCCGAGGUGAUGUUUGAAGACGAGGGCUAUAAGGAAACCGGAACCGUCUAUUUUUACGACAGAACCCUAUUCCCGGGUGCCGGCGGUGACAAGAAGCAGUGGCUGGAGUCGUUCUUGCCAUCCAUGUCCAACCAUCCUUCCAAGACACGGUGGUUCAAACAGAAGGGUGACCAUGAAAUGGAAUCCGGCGUUGUCGUAAUGGACAAGAAGCGGCAUUUCCUGAGCCUAUUGGCGAUCUGCAAGAUCAAUGACUACUAUGAGCGCAACCAAGUGACCUACAAACGGACAUGGGGAGACAAGGAAUCGUUCUGGAUUGCUAUGGAGAUGAUCCAGGAGCGGUACUCGUUUAUCCGCUACCGAGGCGGUGUCAUUGGAAACGUCGGUGAUGCCAUCCCAUACAAGGAGGUGCUGCCGCAGGAGGAAAUCGACCGUUAUCUGGAGGGCGAGACCCUAACAGCGACCAACCCUAUCAACCCCUCCACUGGAGAACAAACACAUCGGAGCAGCGCCAACAUGGACCGCGUCUGUGGAAAUCAGCUGCAUUUCGACUACAAGGGACAGCCGCUGUGGUGGAACUCGGGUGUGGUGCGGGAUAAAUUUACACAGAAAUCGCCAUACCUCAAGUACACAGCAUAUAUGAAGGACGAGGACGGAGCAUGGGACUUUGGAACCUCGUGCUUGAUACAGAAGUCGCCUGGUGCGAUUAUGGAGGUGGAAUGGGAGCAGCGUCAAAUUGCGUUCGAGAUAUUGAAGGCGGAUAGGGAUGUCGCGGUCGAGUUGAACCAGCCUGACUACAAGAACAUCUUGGAGAUCCCCAAGUUGACCAAGUCCGAGGGCGCCAAGGGCGGGAACGGUAACAAGGAAGCCAUAUAAAGAAGCAUAGAAAAAUACAAAAUAAUCAUGCA